AUGUUUAGCGCUUUACGCUACGACUCGAAAACUGCAGGAUUUUCGCCAGAGCUCGAGUUCAGUGCUCAGUACAACCCAAACGUUUCGUACCAUUUCAACAGCGACGUUUCGCAGUUUCACUAUGGUGUGAAGCACCCGAUGAAGCCAUUCAGGCUCAUGCUCACAGACCACUUGGUGUCGUCAUAUGGGCUGCACAAGAUCAUGGAUUUGUAUGAGACGAGGUCUGCUACAAGUGAAGAACUAGCGGAGUUUCACUCAGAAGACUACCUAGAAUUUUUAAAACGUGUCACACCUGAAAACCUGGCCAAGCUGCCGCGUGGGUCGCUUGAAAAAUUCAACAUCGGAGACGACUGUCCCAUUUUCCAGGGACUAUACAAGUACUCAGCCCUUUACGCCGGUGCUUCUUUGGACGCUACCAGAAAACUCAUAAAUGGCCAGUCCGAGAUCGCCAUCAACUGGUCAGGUGGGCUCCAUCACGCGAAAAAAAGCAGUCCGUCUGGUUUCUGUUACGUCAACGACAUCGUUCUUAGCAUUCUCAAUUUGCUCAGAUUUCAUCCCAGAGUCUUGUACAUAGACAUCGACUUGCACCAUGGGGACGGGGUUCAAGAAGCAUUUUACACCUCUGACAGGGUCUUCACAGUGUCUUUCCACAAAUAUAAUGGUGAGUUUUUCCCGGGCACUGGUAAACUGGACGAAACUGGCUGUUCUCGCGGAAAGCACUUCUCGAUGAAUGUCCCGCUAGAUGACGGAAUCGACGACGAUUCAUACAUCAAUCUGUUCAAAAGCAUCAUGGACCCACUAAUAACGUCCUUCAAGCCGACUGUAAUAAUACAACAGUGUGGAGCCGACUCCUUGGGUCACGAUCGACUGGGUUGCUUCAAUCUGAACGUCAUGGCCCACGGAGAGUGUGUUAAAUUUAUCAAAUCUUUUGGUCUUCCCAUGCUAGUAUUGGGCGGUGGCGGCUAUACUCCACGUAACGUCUCCCGACUCUGGACUUACGAGACUGCAUUGCUCAACGGUGUCACUGUUCCUGAAACAAUUCCCGAAAAUAUCCCGUUUAGAGAGUGGUUUGGGCCUGACUAUUCUCUGCAUCCCGUUCUGGAUAACCUUUACGAAAACAAAAACUCCAAAAGCUACCUAGAAAAUAUUCGCAUUCGCUGUCUGGAGAAUAUUCGAUUUCUACAAGGUGCCCCAAGCGUAAGAAUGGACCAGGAACUGAUACCGACUCAGGAUAUUAGUGGGUUAACGCAAGAAGAGGAGAAUGCAAUUCAAGAGCUCAACGAGGAGACAGAUAAGCGUAGACUCGAAAUAAUGGAGAAAGAAAGUUUAAGGGUAGGAGAAUUGGAGUGA